CACUUUCAUUUUGCAGAAUACGUAUUGCAAGAAAUCACAAAAGCUGGCUUUGUAGAACCUACUCCUAUCCAAUCGCAAGGUUGGCCAAUGGCACUGAGGGGUCGUGACCUUAUUGGCAUCGCAGAGACAGGAUCAGGGAAAACUCUUGCUUAUCUUUUACCUGCCAUUGUUCAUGUGAAUGCUCAGCCUAUUCUUGCUCCUGGUGAUGGUCCAAUUGUUCUGGUGUUAGCUCCUACACGUGAACUUGCUGUUCAGAUACAGCAAGAGGCAACCAAGUUUGGUGCAUCGUCAAAGAUAAAAAAUACUUGCAUAUAUGGUGGUGUUCCCAAAGGUCCACAAGUUCGUGAUCUUCAAAAAGGUGUUGAAAUUGUCAUAGCCACACCAGGACGACUAAUUGAUAUGAUAGAAUCACAUCAUACAAACUUGCGAAGGGUCACAUAUCUUGUUUUAGAUGAAGCAGAUCGGAUGCUAGACAUGGGCUUUGAACCUCAGAUUAAGAAAAUUGUUUCUCAGAUUCGUCCAGACCGCCAAACACUUUACUGGAGUGCUACCUGGCCAAAGGAAGUUGAGCAUCUAGCAAGGAAUUUCCUUUUUGACCCGUACAAGGUGAUUAUUGGUUCUGAAGAGUUGAAAGCUAACCAUGCCAUUGUUCAGCAUGUGGAAAUUUUAUCUGAGAGUCAGAAGUAUAACAAGUUGGUUAAUUUGUUGGAAGAUAUAAUGGAUGGCAGCCGAAUUUUAGUAUUUAUGGACACCAAGAAGGGAUGUGAUCAGAUCACUAGACAGCUUCGAAUGGAUGGUUGGCCUGCUUUGUCUAUCCAUGGUGACAAGAGCCAAGCAGAACGGGAUUGGGUUCUUUCUGAAUUUAAAUCUGGGAAAAGUCCUAUUAUGACAGCUACUGAUGUAGCUGCUCGGGGCUUAGAUGUCAAGGAUGUGAAAUAUGUCAUUAAUUAUGACUUUCCGGGUUCACUGGAGGAUUAUGUCCAUCGUAUUGGUCGAACUGGCAGGGCUGGAGCAAAAGGAACAGCUUACACCUUUUUCACUGCAGCUAAUGCCAGAUUUGCCAAGGAACUUAUCAAUAUUUUAGAAGAAGCUGGACAAAAGGUCAGCUCUGAAUUAGCUGCAAUGGGUCAUGGUGCGCCACCCCCUUCUUCAGGUUACCGUGAUAGAUAUAGGGGGUAUGGGGGUGGCCGUUUGUGGAGCUGACAGGCAUGUUUAAUUAAUGCCAGGAGUAAUAUUUACUUUUCUUUUGCCAUCAGCUAUGUAUGCUCACUUAAUGUUUUGACUAGUAUCCAGUAAAGAUGGAUUCAUAUACUUUUGAAUACCAUGUCGCAUUUUGACUUAAGCCAUUUUCACCAAUCUCUCGGUAUGAGAAAUGUGGCAUGAUAUGAUGCCUACAAAUUCAUUAGUUUUUUUUUCUUUCGGUUUUGUAGUUUUCAGAGUGACAGCGUAGGUCAUAGUUUUGGUUCCAGCAGUGUCAGCAUGGAACCUGUUUGUUUUCUAUUAGUUUUGGUUCCAGAGAUGAAUUUAUAGCAAACAUCAAUUAGUUU